ACAGUCCGUGGUUGAAUUCCAAUGUUAACAUAAACUGACAGUAGUUGUGGACGAACUAUCUAACCGUAGGUAUUUAAAUAUGUGCUUAGAUAGUUUGUGAUGUAGAACUGCAGACAUGGAUCAAGGCAACUGGUAUACAUUUUUGAAAUAUUUAGGAUUAGUUGUUGGCUGUAUUGCUAAAUUUACCAGUGGGUCACUGUUUGUAUUCAGUGCGUAUCAAAAUGCCAUCAAGGAAACAUUUAACUAUACACAAACGGAAGUUGAGUUAUUGUCAUCAUGUCUAAAUCUUGGACUUGGAACUGGAUUUUUACCAGGAAUGAUUUUUGAUAAGUUUGGUCCACAUUUAACUUCCGGUAUUGGGCUAAUCAUAUCCGGUGGAUCUUAUUUCCUAAUAUGGAGUACAACGAAAUCUGUGAAGUUUUACGAACCUCGAUCAGGGUUGAUGGCCUUUUAUUUCUAUUUAGCAGGCUUUGGUUCCUUAUUUAGUUACAUGGCAGCAUUGAAUACAAAUGCUAUUAAUUUCCCUGCUAAACAUCGAGGAAAAGUGAUAAGUUUAUUAAACGCGUUUUUCACUGGAAGUCCGUCUGUUUUUGUGUCUAUUUACUACAACGUUUUUUCUGAUGGUGAUUACAAUAUCGUCAAAAAUCAACAUUAUGAUAAACUGAUGUUUUUCUUUGCUAUUUUAUUUAUAGUAAUGAAUGCAAUGUGUAUAGUUUGUUUACAUGAUCUAUCUAAACUACAAGGACCAGAAACUAAAAGUGCAUACACUGUAGAGAAUAGUACCGAUUCUAACCAUGUACAAUCUGGUAUGGAUUCCGCUGUAAAUAGCAUUGAAGGAUCCAAGAAAAAUACAGAAGAAAGAAAAGAUGAUUCUAUAAAAUUCAUAUUGUUGUUAAAGGAUCCCAGUUUUCAUCUGUUGGCCUACACUUUUAUGUCUGCUGCAAUUUUAUCCUUGGUAAAUACUAAUAAUUUAACAGUGCUAACCAAGUCUGUUGGAUUAAACCAUUUUGAUAAUACCUUAUUAUUAGUGAUGCCCAUAGUAAAUACCAUCAUAAGCUUUCUCAUUGGUCCGGUUUCAGAUAAAAUUAAGGGCAAGAUUCCACGUUUGACUCUUUUAGUGAUAGGAUGUGUUUUUUUCACUGCAUCUGAGUUGGUGUAUGUGUUUUUCGGAACCUAUCUUGCAGGAGUGAUCUGUAGUGUAAUAAUAACUGCAUUUGGUAUUGGUACACUAUGGUCUUUGGUACCAACUAUUGUUAGUGAAAUGUUCGGUAUACGUGAUUUUGGUCGAAACUGGGGCUUGCUGCUGAUGUUAGCUGGGGUUGCAGGUUUAGGGGGCCAAGCUAUAUUUGGUUUUCUCUAUGACUCUAGAGUAAGGUCAGACAAUAUCUAUUGCUAUGGUAAAGAUUGCACUAUUUAUGGAUAUAUUUUAAUGGCGGUUUUAGGAUUAAUUUCCAUAGCACUGUCGGCAAUUCUUGAUAUAAGACAGCGAUAUAGAGAGAAAUACAAUCAAAUAUUAUAG